UAAGUGGGUGCGAUAAUUAUAUUUGACAGCAUAAUUUUCAUUCUAAAAAUCGAUAGAUGCUGAUUAUUCUUCCAUACUUACAUUAAAAAAGUUACUGAGCAUUGAAAAAGUUCAAAAAUGCGCGUCAAUUCUGUUGAAAGUGGUGAAGAAUAUCAACAUUUGACCAAUACUGGUAACACACCAAAUCGUUUGACAGUCAAGGUAGUAAGCGCAACAUUCACGGCCUGCCUUGGAGCGAUUGCAUUUGGUUUUGUAAUGGGCUACCCCUCGCCUGUUGAAAAGCAUCUCGAAAGCAAAUUGAAUUGGAGUUCACAGCAGUUAUCCUGGUUUAAUGCCAUUGCUGCUAUUGGUGCCAUAUUUGGUGCUUUGGUUGGCCUUCGCACAAUUGACAAGUUUGGACGUAGGUGCAACAUAAUGAUGUCUUCAUUUCCAAUGGUUGCUGGCUGGAUUCUCAUCAUAUCUGUCAAACACAUUGAAUUGUUUUAUCUCGGAAGAUUUCUUACUGGUAUAGGUGUUGGUGUUGUCUCUUUGUCAGUUCCUGUUUAUAUUGCUGAAAUAGCACCUGCAAAAUACCGUGGAGCACUUGGUUGUACUAACCAGUUGGGAGUAACAUUUGGUAUUCUUUUGGCUUACUGUUUUGGUGCCAGUUUGAACUGGCAUUGGUUAGCUGUAACAGCAGCUGUUCCACCAUCUGCAAUGGUAUUAUUAAUGACUCAGUUUCCAGAAACUCCACGCUGGCUUAUCAAAAAUAAAAGAUUCAGAGAUGCCUACGAUUCUUUAAUGUUCUUAAGAAAUGCAUCUGAGUACAAAUGCAGACAAGAACAUGAAGAGAUUCGACAUAGCUUAGAAAGCAGCGAUGCCAUGUCAUUAGUUGAGCUAAAAAAACCGCUUAUCUAUCGUCCAUUGAUUGUCGUCAUUUUGAUAAUGUUGUUUCAACAGUUCAGUGGUAUCAACGCAGGGUACAUGGUGAAAAUCAACAUGGCCGACGGAGAUAAGGAAAGUUUUCCUCACGAAAUAAAUAGCGAUACGUCACGUAUCUUUUCUACCGAUUAUAAUGCCAUAGAGGACAUGAAAGUUCCCGAAACAAUUACUGUACGUAACAACCUGGAUUUUAGUCAGAAUAAAUGGAGUUUUGGUGAUAACCAAACGAUGCAUGUACCAGACCGAAUUUUUUUGAAUGGGACGCCAUCUGGCGUUGAGACUCGCAGCAUUAAUUUGGAAAAUAGUGGCGUGAUUACGGACAAAUAUACGGGAGAUAUGGAUACGCCACCCAGAACUUUAACUGUGGAUGAUACGAAGUCUCGUUAUAUUGACAGAAAUAGUGAAAAGAUGAAAAGACAUGAAGAUUAUGAUAGAUUAACCCAGAGAGCAAUGUUAUCUGCAACUGAUGAAACCUUAAGAAAUCAUUUUCAAGGUGAGAUAGCUGCCAUGCAAUCACGUAUUGAAUUAUUGGAGACAAGGGUUAAUGAUAAGGAACAUAAUGGGUUUUGGAAAACUACUUUGAUUUGCUUAUUUACCAUUAUCAACCCAUUCAUCAUCCAUUGGCUAUUUAGCAGCAAGAGACGAUAGAAAAUCAUCACAUGACUUGCAUUUUCAAAAUCAAAUAUUUUUUU